AUGACGGACGCAGAAACAGACAACUCGUACUCGCCUGUGCAGGAAGCGCGUCGAAUCUUCUCAUACCUCUGCGACCAAGCCGAACGACUCAGUUUGCCCCCCCAGAGCGCGGAGAAGAAGGAUGCCGUGUCAUUCUCAUCUUCCCAUAACGAGAUCUACUACCCGAUCCCGUUCAAAGAAACAGAGACAUUGGCCGCAUUGAAGGGCGUCGAAGGUGUUGUCGCUAGCGCAAUUGCUGACUUGCGAUUCGGUGAACAGAAGCGCAAUGUGAAGAUCAACCUGGAGAAGGCGACGGCUUUCGGAUGCCAGGCAUACAUGGCCAAACUUGAUGGACUUUCUAAACUGGAUCCAGCUGUCAAGUCGAGAUUGAAGGACACCGACCUGCUUGCGGCCCAGUCGAAUGGGUACCGUCGGAUGUCCGCCAACCUUUACAAAACCAAGAACGAGGGCGAAUUCUUUCACAUCCAUGGCUCCCUCGAGGCUACGACGACGCUCAACAUGAUUGGAUUGGAGGGUCACCGUCCCGAUCUCACAGACUACGAAGAGAUUAUCAAGGCCAUUGAGAGCCACGUGCAAAAGUACAGCGCUGCCGAGCUAGAAGAGAUGAACAAAGAGAGGAGACAAGCUGGGGUCACGGCGUACAAAUACGAGGAUUUCAUCAAUACUCCCCAUGGACGGCUUAAUGUGCAGGAACCUCCAUGGAAGGUCAAGCGACUUACUGGUGACCUGCCUCCGACACCCUUCCCCGCUAGUCGCAGUGGAAGCAAAAAGAUCCUAGAGGGCGUCAAGGUGCUGGAACUCUGCCGUAUCAUCGCAGGGCCAACCAUUACACGAAUUCUGACCGAGUACGGCGCAGAUGUCUUGAAGAUUACUAGCCCUAAUCUUUCGGAUGUCCCCUUUUUCCAGGUUGAUGGUAACAUGGGCAAGCAUGCCGCGGAUCUAGAUCUGAAAACUACAGAAGGACGUCGUCAGUUCGAGGAACUUUUGGCUGAUGUAGAUGUGCUUGUCGAUGGCUAUCGCCCAGGUGCGCUCGAGAAAUUGGGAUACGGUCCAAACGCUCUCGCCUCGCUGGCGGAGAAGCGUGGCAAGGGCAUUGUAUACGUCAAUGAGAACUGCUUUGGCUACGAGGGAGAAUGGGCCAGCCGCCCUGGUUGGCAGCAAAUUGCCGAUUGCGUAACUGGUAUCGCAUGGGCUCAGGGGCAAUUCAUGGGCCUCUCCACUCCAGUGGUACCUCCGUUCCCAAUCUCUGAUUACGGCACAGGUUGCAUGGGCGCCAUUGCUGCCCUCACAGGUCUCUACCACCGUGCGAAAACCGGCGGAUCCUAUCACGGAAUGGCCUCUCUGAUGCAUUAUGACCUCUUGCUCUUUGCCGUGGGCAAGUAUUCGGAUGCUGUGCAGGAGAAGAUGCGAGCUGCUCAACUGCCGGAAUUUUUCAAGCUUCGGCACUGCGACAGUGUGGAUCGCAUCUCCUCGACUGUCCUAAAGAUCAUGCAGGCGCGGUUUCCGCAUCUCUACGUAGCCCCCGACGUGGCUGGACAGGAGGCGCUCACGGAAAAAUGGUUCUCCAAGGCGUACAAUGCCGACAUUGAGGUUGUCAAACCUAUUGCAGAGAUUGACGGGGUGGACAACAGCUUCUCGCGCGCCAGUCGACCGAACGGCUCCGAUCGACCUAGAUGGGAGGACUUCCAGCUGCCCGAGGAGGACUACAAGAAGGCUUAA